GAAUAAUCCCAGUCCCAACUGUGCAGAAAACCCCUUGUCGGUUUCAUUGCUGUGCUUCACGCCCUCUGAUGACGUCACGAAUGGGGAGCGCUGGAGACUACAGUUCCCAUCAACCCUCGGGGUAUCACGUGGUGUUUCGGUUCUCUCGCGGGUAGUGAGGACUGCAUUUCCCAGCGCGCCCCGGGGUUUCCGGAGUCGUGGCUCCCUGUGGGGCUGCAGGAGCCUGGCUAGGCUGCAGCGGCGGAUGUGGAGUGCGCUGCCAGGCGGGCGCCUGGUCCCCAUGGCCACCCGCAUCUGUUUGUCCCGGGGCAGCUCGGGAUCCCGGGCGGUCGGUCCGGUGGAGGCCGCCAUCCGCGCGAAGUUGGAGCAAGCCCUGAGCCCCGAGGUGCUGGAGCUGCGCAAUGAGAGCGGCGGCCACGCCGUCCCUCCCGGCAGCGAGACGCACUUCCGCGUGGCCGUGGUGAGCUCCCGCUUCGAGGGAAUGAGCCUCCUGCAGCGGCACCGGCUGAUCCACGAGGUGCUGUCGGAGGAGCUGGCCGCGCCGGUUCACGCACUGGCCAUCCGGGCACAGACCCCCGCCCAGUGGAGGGAGAACCCUCACUUGGGCACCAGCCCCCCCUGUCUUGGGGGAAGCAAGAAAACUCGAGGGACCCCUUCUCCCUAAGAGUCGGGGCAGGACCAGAAUCUGAGGGGCUGGGUGAGAAUGAACAGUUAAACUGCCCAGUGUGGUGGGUGAUUCAUAAGGACGAGGACCCUGGGACUCAUCCUGCUGUCGGUGUAUGUUCUCCGGAGAUAACUCUUCGAAGGGCAGAGCUGACCCAACGAAAGGGCAGAUCCCGCAUUGCCUGCCCGGACCCUUUGGGAAGGGGAUGCCUGGUUGUUUCGUGUUAAAUUGUGACUGAGGAACUACACCGGUCCUGAUGAAUUGGAAACAGUCCCUAUAUUAAGAGCAAUUACCGUA